AUGUUCCAUCCCGAGUGCAUCGACGUGCACUGCGCCUCCUUCCCACCAAACACAGCUCAAGCGGGCUUCACCUGCCCCACCUGUCAGAAACCGAUCAUCCCGCCACCCGGGUCGUCUUCGCCGCUGGCGCAGACCUUGCUGAAGCAUCUGGACAACGCUCCUUGGCUCGAUACCAUCAAGCCCAAGGCGGACGGGCACAGGGACCAUGUGGUGAUGGAGCUGGGCGACAUGUCGGCCAUCCAGCACGAGCUGGACGAGGACAGCUACCUCGCGCGCAGGCUCGGCCUUGGGCCGGAGCCGCCCUCGAACCCGGGCUCGCAGGAUCUGGCAGGCUUCGACAUCGGAUCCAACAAGGCGGGCGGGUCCCUCGAGGGCAUCACCUCCCGCAAGGCCCCGCUCCGUGGCCCGCUCGACAGCGGUGGCCCGGCCGACCCCUCGUACGACGUCGAUGACAACAAAUACGAAAAGCACUCCAUCGGCCAGCUCUGGAAGAACCUUUCCACGCCGGAGACAAAGAAGAUGAGCCUGCCGCCACCGUCAACGGCACCAAAGAAGCCGCCGCGUCGGAUGCGGAUAACGAUGAGAAAGAUCCUCUUCCUUUUUGCCAUCCUCUCCACCCUCAUGACCGUCGCCAUGCUCCACUACUCCCUCGGCUCCGCGCCCGAGGUGUGA